AUGCAUGUUGGUUCGUUUCCUUAUGAAAGUGUAUUGAUUUCAAGAUUAGAAUGUUUUUAUAAUCAAACAUGUGUUUCUCAACUUUUAUCAUAUGCUCAUUCACCACAUGGUUUUUCAAUACUUAAUUCUUCGUUAGUAAGUUCGUUCAAUUGUUCAAAAGAUACAAUUCACACUUUAGCAAAUCAAUUAUUUGUUCAAUUUUGGUUUAAUGAAACAUUAUUUGAUUCAUAUUUUAAUAAAUGUCAUCCAUUAGUAUGUUAUUAUAGUUAUGAAACUCGAUUGAGUUUUAUUUAUAUUCUAACAACAUUUCUUGGACUUAUCGGUGGACUCAAUAUUGUUUUUCGACUUUUAUCACCAUUAAUCAUUAAAUCAAUUUAUAGAUUAUAUCAUUAUAUUCGUAAUAACAAUACAGAAGAACAAGUUACAUAUGCAUAUCGUCUUCGUGUAUUUUUCAUAUUUCUGAAACAAACUCUAAUUGAAAAUCGACAAACAACUCGAUUUUAUUUAAUUAUCCUAUUAACAACAUUUCUCGUUUUAAUAUUUUACAUAACAUUGAAAAAAGAAACAGUUACAAUUACAAUUCAAAAUCCAACGAUAUUCCAAUAUGAACAACUCUCAACUCAAUAUGCUUCGAUACUCAAAUGUCCUUGUACUCGUAUGGCAAAUAAAUAUAAGACGUUUAUUACUCAAUUGAAACCGCAGUAUCAUGAAAUUUGUUCCAGUUAUUAUGUAUCAGAUGAAUGGUACACCAUAAUAUAUAAUUAUAUAUCAAAGCCAUUCAUACCGACUGAUGAUUUAAUAUAUUUCUUCAAUAAUUUUGAAUUCAUAUCAGAAUUAUGUAAACUUUCAAGAAACAUGUUGAAUGUUUCAUUAUCAAGUUUCGAAGAAGCGCAGUUUGUUACACCUGAAGUUUUAUCACAUAAUGCAUUUGAUAUUCGCAUGGAGACAAUUCUUGAACAUUUGAAAACAACACUAUCUCAUGACUUUACAGAAACAUUUCAAUUAAUUCAAACAAUCAAUUACGGAAAUGAAUUCGCUACAAUAGAACAAACAAAUUGGAAAUUUCAUUUCAAAUAUAUUCGUGAAUACGGUUUUUAUAACAUCAUAGUAGAUGCAUUAACUAAACCAGUUACUCAUUAUUUAUCAAAUUAUUCGUGUGCAAUACAACCAAAUUAUUCGGUUGUAUAUUGGUGGUUUUUUGAAGAAAAGUUUCCUCAUUUAUUCAAAUAUGCUCCUAAAAUUUACAGGGGCUGCAGCAUAUUUGAUGCAAUGCUUCGAUUCAAUUUAAAAUGUUUUUACGAUCAAAUGUGUGUAAAGUUUUUAUCAGUGUAUUUCGAAGAUUCAGACAAAGGUCAAAUUUUACUUCAGCCUCUGUUUAAUCACUCUUCAUCUUUAUCAAUGCCAAAUGUAACGAUCAAACAACUUAUAAAUCAAUUAUUUGUUGUCGAAUGGUUUGAAAUAAAAUCAUUUGAAAAAUAUUUUGAUAGAUGUCAACCUUCAAUAUGCCAAUAUUCUGAUCAUGUACGAUAUAAUUUUCUCUAUAUACAGUGGUUUGCAAAAAAAGUUGGCCGCUGA